UAGGGCAUGCCAGAACAAUGGGCCCGCUUGCUGCAGACGUCCAACAUCACCAAACUGGAGCAAAAGAAGAAUCCUCAAGCCGUGCUAGAUGUGCUCGAAUUCUACAAUUCCAAAAAGACCACCAACAGCCAGAAAUAUAUGAGUUUCACAGAUAAAUCUGCAGAAGAUUACACCUCCUCAAAUACUCUGAAUGUGAAGGCCGUGUCGGAAACUCCAGCCGUGCCCUCUGUUUCGGAAGAUGAUGAUGACGACGAAGCUCUCCCCCCGCCAGUCAUCGCCCCUCGGCCCGAACAUACGAAGUCGAUUUACACCCGCUCUGUGAUCGAACCUCUUCCUCCAGCCCCCACCAGGGAUGUGACGACCUCUCCCAUCCCCUCCCCUUCCGAAAACAGCGUCACGCCCCCCGAUACUCUGGCGAGAAAUGCCGAGAAACAGAAGAAAAAACCUAAAAUGACCGAUGAAGAAAUCCUGGAAAAAUUGAGAGGCAUCGUGAGCAUUGGGGAUCCCAAGAAGAAAUAUACCAGUUUUGAGAAGAUUGGACAAGGGGCUUCAGGCACGGUUUACACAGCGAUGGAUGUAGCAACUGCACAAGAGGUUGCCAUCAAACAGAUGAAUUUGCAGCAGCAGCCGAAGAAGGAGCUGAUCAUUAAUGAAAUUCUCGUCAUGAGGGAAAACAAGAACCCCAACAUUGUCAAUUACCUGGACAGUUACCUGGUGGGAGAUGAGCUGUGGGUGGUCAUGGAGUAUUUGGCUGGCGGUUCAUUGACAGACGUGGUAACGGAGACCUGCAUGGAUGAAGGACAGAUAGCUGCCGUGUGCCCUGAUUUUGGCUUCUGUGCCCAAAUCACUCCGGAGCAGAGUAAGCGCAGCACCAUGGUGGGGACGCCAUAUUGGAUGGCUCCCGAAGUGGUCACGAGGAAAGCCUACGGCCCCAAGGUGGACAUCUGGUCUCUGGGCAUUAUGGCCAUUGAGAUGGUGGAGGGGGAACCCCCGUACCUCAACGAGAAUCCCCUGCGG